ACCAAUCGGUAGCGUUCUUGGAGAGGAGGCCGAACAGGCCUGGGCCCCAUCUGGGCGAAGCGCAACGGUUCAAUUUCGGUCGAUAGCUGUGCUUACGUGAAGUUUAUGGUUUAGUUGAACGGAUUUCCGCCGGGACAGGUGGUCCGCUGACAACAGAAGCACCCCCGUUGUGGUUUGCAGUUAAUUGGGGCUCGUUUCGAGGCGGUGGCAUGGAUGAAGUACGGCCUAGCAGUGGUGCCCAAGCGCACGGGGUCUCGUCGCUGGUUCCCCCAGGACUGCAGGCUAUCUAUGGGGAAUGUCGGCGACUUUAUCCCGAUCAGGCAAACCCGCUUCAAGUUACAGCCAUUGUAAAAUAUUGGUUAGGUGGUCCAGACCCGUUAGACUACAUUAGUAUGUAUCGAAAUAUGGGUUGUCCAGCUCAGGACGUCCAGGAGCAUUGGCACUAUGUCAGUUUUGGACUAAGCGACCUGUAUGGAGACAACAGGGUGCACGAAGUUACAGGAAUAGACAAAGCCAGCGGCUUUGGCUUUGAGCUCACCUUUAGGCUGAAGAGAGAGAUGGGGGAGACGGCCCCACCGACUUGGCCCGCUGAACUCAUGCAAGGCUUGGCUCGCUACGUUUUCCAGUCAGAAAACACGUUUUGUAGUGGCGAUCACAUAUCAUGGCACAAUCCCCUCGACAACAGCGAGUCUCGCAUCCAGCAUAUGUUGCUCACAGAGGACCCUCAAAUGCAUCCCAUCCAAACGCCUUUUGGCACCGUCAGCUUCUUGCAGAUUGUGGGCGUUUGUUCAGAGGAGCUGCAGGCAGCACAGCAGUGGAAUGGGCAAGGCAUCCUGGAACUGAUGCGAGGGGUUGGGAUAGCUGGCGGUCCAUGGCUGAUCACAGACAUGAGGAGAGGGGAAACCAUCUUUGACAUUGAUCCACACCUACAACAGGAGAGAGUGGACCACGGCAUCGAGACAGAGGGCUCCAAUCUGAGCGGGGUGAGCGCCAAAUGCGUGUGGGACGACCUGAGUCGACCGCCUGACGACGACGAGGACAGUCGCUCCAUCUGCAUUGGCUCACAGCCUCGCAGACUCUCCGAUAAAGACACGGAACAGAUCAGGGAGACCUUAAGGAAAGGCCUGGAGUUCAACACCAAGGCAGCACUGCCCCCCAUCAACAGCCAGAAACAUGACAGAUCUCAAAGCCGAAAGGACAGUUUGGAGAGCGAGACUUCAACAGCCAUUGUUCCCCACGAGUUAGUUCGAACGCGACAGUUGGAAAGUGUCCAUUUGAAAUUUAACCAAGAGUCUGGCACGCUGCUUCCUCUCUGCUUACGGGGCCGCUUGCUGCACGGCAGACAUUUUACUUUCAAAAGUAUCAAUGGUGACACGGCCAUAACGUUUGUGUCAACGGGGGUGGAAGGAGCCUUUGCUACUGAGGAGCAUCCAUAUGCAGCACAUGGGCCCUGGCUUCAGAUAUUGUUGACUGAAGAGUUUGUGGAUCAGAUGCUUGGGGAUUUACACGAUCUUAAUACCCGUGAGGAUACAAAAUUACCAAAGGAGUACAGUUGGCCAGAGAAGAAGCUGAAGAUCUCCAUCCUAGCAGACUCUGUGUUUGAUAACCCUUUGCAAUGAGGCAGAGACGUUUAAUCACUACAAAAAAAAUGCAAUGUCAAAACGUGCACAUCCACAUGUUCAGAUGACACUUUGACAUUGAGGCGUCCUCGCUAAAGAAAACUGAAGUCCGAAAGACUAUCAGACGAUCUGGGCCGCUCCGUUUUAGAUCCAAAUUAGAAAUGUCGCUAGCGCAUGCAGUCGUCAUCAUGUCACAAGCAAUAACUUGCGUUCUAUUUAUUCCAGUGGACACAUUAAAGAAAAGAGGGAAGAAAAAAAAAAAACUCAGCUACUGAUCCAUUUCAAAAAUGUUUUUUGUUUUUUUUAUAUAUCUUGCCUUGUGUACAUUUAACAAAUGCUGGACAUUUUUCCUGUUAUGAUGCCAAAGUAAUGUCUGUCAUUCACUGCCAAUGCUUUUGACUCGGUGGCAUAAGCCGACUUUUCAACUCUUUUCUUGUACAUCUGACGAAUGCUGCAGAUACAUACCUCUGGGCCAAGAUUAUGUAUCAGAUGGAUGGAGAACGUUUUUCCUAUCAGGGGCCAUUUUUCCUCUUUUUGUAAAAGUCUUCCUAGGACCGUACUAAAUGUACAAAAUAUAAGCAUUUCCUCUGAGGUUGUGUUUUGAGCCUUGCGCCAGAUCAAAAUGUUUAUGGCCAUAGGUUUCUCAUCUUGUUACAUCGUUCGGUUUAUAAUGUCUCCGUUGACUUAUGUUAUAACUUGUCUGUUUUAGUGUUUUAAGAUGGCAAACUUGUUAUCGUCUGUGGAGAUGAAAAAUUAGUUUUGGGUGUUGUUUUUACCAGCAGUUUGACACUGAAUUACAGCUAAAGUCCUCAGUGCCUCAAGUUGAAAAGGACCACACACACAGACACAUAAUGUUGACAUUGUUACAGCAACAUUAUACAUCUUGGAUUUUAAUCUCAAAAACAUCAAAACUGAAAAGACUAAUUUUACUACAUUGUCUUUUUAGAAUCUGUGCUGUUCUACUAUACUGUAUUUCAUGACAUUUUUAAAGAGAUAAAUUUCAAUAUUUGUUUUGCUGUUUGCCAUUUUAUUUGACUGAAUUUGCCAAUUAUAAUCCCAAAUGCAGUGUAGGUAUUUACACAAAUAAAGAUGGAACACUAAUAAACACGCAUCUGAUAUUUUUGCCUGAUUCAAAUAUACAUACAUUAAAGC